UUGGAGGAGGACGAGCUGAGAGGCGUGGCCGUAUUGGUGUUUGCGAACAAACAGGAUUUGCCAAGAGCCAUGUCCGUCAGUGACAUCACUGAGGCCCUGGGCCUAUCAGGAGUCUCACAGCCGUGGUAUGUCCAGGCGUCCUGUGCCGUCAGUGGCACUGGUCUGGCCGAGGGUCUGGACUGGCUCUCAGACCAGAUCCUAAAACGAUGAUGUGAUGCCGACAUGUUGCUGGGAGCUGAGCCGAACCAGAGACUCCGGGAGGAACAUGAAGGAUCCCUUCAACAUAAACAGGGUUCCCGCAGAUCCCUAAAAAAAAGUCUUAAAAGGCAUGGAUCUAAUGAAUCUAAAGAUAAGGCCCUUAUUGGUGUUAAAAUUACUUUAAUUAAUGUUACAAAAGUCUUAAAAUUCUCAGACAUUUUCUGAUGUUACAUAGUAAAAUGUCAAAAUAACUGGUAACAUCUAUUUUUGGUUAAAUAUUUUCAUGAAUUCAUGUUUUUAAACUCGUCAUGAUGGGAAUUCAAGUUGCUGAACACAUAAUCGCCAAAACAACCCGACAAGAAAUACCAAAUAUUUUCUCCCUUUGAUAGUAAACCAAAAAGUUUAUGAUAAUAUAAUAUGAUCAUUGUCUUCCAUGUAACAUUUGGCAUAGAUAAUCUAACGUUUUCACUGAACAAAAACAUCAUGUUUAUUGUUACAAUAAGAGUUUAGUCAGUUUUGGUUAUUAGAAAUUUGGUCGUAAAUUUAUGUCUG